UGUUUCAAAUGUUUAUAACUUUCAGCUUUCUAUUUUUAAUGUUUUUCUGUCUUCUCUCACAAUAAACAUAUUCCCCGUUACUCCGUUACAGUCUUACUCACUCGCCUACAUUUUUAAAAUUUACGAUGCCUUCCUUAUUCACUUUCCAGAACGUGGACCCCCCCUCGGGUCUGGACGUCCGUGAUGAAGCCUCCGGAUUAUUCCACCGUGGCUUCGUCAGCGACUCCACCGAUACCACCCUCACCCUCGAUUUCCAUUCCCCUCAUAAAUCCCCCGCCACCUUUCCCCUGGAGCAGGUCUUCGAUAAAGGCGAAGAUCUGGAAGAUGAGCAAAUCACCAGCGGCACACAAGUUGAAGUGCCGUACCAAUCGGGCGAGGCGCCCAUCACCUGGUACCCAGGAAAAAUUGUCGUAGGCGAAGCGUAUGCCUACGCUAUCGUCGAAUUUAGUGUGGAUGAUGAUAAAAACAAGAAAUCCAAGGUGAAGGAGCUGUUCAAGCCGGAUCUCCUGCGCAACCCCGAUGAAGAGCGGAUCCCCGUGGAUGAGGGGAUGUUCCGUCGGACGGAGAUCCCGUUGAAGAAGGAGCUGGUGGAGAAGCUUGAGGCGUUGAUGAAGACGAAGAAAGGGGCUGAAAGAUUGGAGGAGGUGUGGAAAGCGCGCGGCGUGUGUCGUGCCGAUGUGGAUAAGCAUCGGGCGCUGGUGGUCUUCCGCAGCGGGAAGGAUGAUCUGGAUGAGGCGUUCGUGGAGGAGACCGUGGAGGGGGUCGAGGAGAAGGGGACGAAGCGGGAUGCGGAGGGGCAGGAGAAGGGAAGCGCGUCCAAGACAGACGAGAAGGGCGACGCCAAAGCCCACCACCCAUCCAAAACCCACGUGACCGUCAGUACGGAGACUUUCGGGCGUCAUUCGCGGGAAUUUGAGCACUGUCAGCACGUGUUCCGCGCCGUGGAUGCCACCACGAAGGAGUUCACCUUCGAGGGCGGGGAAUCCGACCAUAAUGACGGAUGGCUGCUGCACUGCACUCUGGGCAUCCUCUUCGGCAAGGACAUCCAUCUGGACAAGCUGAUACUUUCCAAGACAUUCCCGUAUUUCGGCGACAUCAUCGAGAACACCGAGGACACCCUGAAAAUCAACGCCCACCUGGCGGCGGUGGCCAAGAAGCUGGUUAUCCGGGAAUGUGAGGUCUCGCAGUUCAUUCACAGCGUCAUGGAAGUGUCGUCGGGGCUGACGGAUACGACGGCGGUGGUGGAAGAGGCGGAGCUGGAGCUGCACGGAGAGGACGCCGUGGAGAAGGCGUUGGCGGUGUUUGAGGAGAUUGUGGAGGAGCUGGAUGCGGAUCAGAAGGAACGGGUGAAGAAGGCAUUGGAGAAGAAUGCCGAGGAAUCGUUGAAGAUCCUCAAAAAGUGGGAACCAAAACAUUUCUCUAAACUGAAAGAGGCGGACAUAAAAAAGGUGGAUGUUUCAUCGCUGAAGAAACUGACACAGAUGGCGAUCCUCUACACAUUCUAUUGACGUUGUAAAAUCAAAUCUCGUAGCUUACCUUUUGACAUUUUCAUCUCUGCUGUCUGCACCAUGGAUCUGCCCGAGAUCUGUUUCCAUGCAUUUAUUUUAGUAUAUUUAUCCAAUGCCAGUUUAAAAUUUUAACUGCAUAUGAAGCGGCAAUAAGUAGUGAUAGGAACUGUUUGGAUGGGAUUUAAAACGUUUUUGUUAAUUUUAGAAUCUCUGGUAUUGGUUUGUCGGUGUAUGCCGGUGUCGUUUUCAACCCGGUAAAUUUAGGUACAGUAAUUGCAUUUUGGUUAUUUCGCGAUUGAUUAUUUUAACAUUGAUCACGGACGUAUAAGCAAACGAUUCGGUUUUUUUUUUCUGGGCAUAUGUACCCGGCAUCUUAGUCCGCUU